AUGAGCAGCGCACAGAACGACGUCCACGCCGACAAUGACCCGACCAUCUUCGUGGCCGAUAAUAUGACGGGCAUCCACGAAUCCCCUGGUAACUUCGCAUCCCUGACAAACUCCUCCCCACUGAAGGAGGUCGGUUUUAUUGACAUUUAUGUCAGUACGUUCAAGUGGCCACUUAACCCAUGGCUCAAAUAUCCUCACUUUCGAAAGCUUGGAACUUGGGAGGGCAUUGAGGCUUGA